AUGGUGCAUCCGAUAUUGCCCAGUACGAAUACUGUCCAGGAUCCCCAGUCAGUCGAUGUAGCAACUCUCGCGGGUCCUAUCAUCAGCAUGCUUUCUCGAAUUCACGCUCUGGUAAUUGGGCCUGGACUUGGACGUGAUGGUGUUACACUAAAAGUCGUCGUGGAGGUGAUCAAAGAAGCACGGAAGCGAUCGAUCCCGUUCGUGCUAGACGCAGAUGGGCUACUUAUUGUGACAGAAGAUCCUAGCCUUGUGAAGGGAUAUAAGGAGUGCAUUCUUACUCCAAACGUGGUUGAGUUUGGGCGCCUAACAAAGGCUCUUGGAAUCAAGGUAGUCAGCCAAGUAGAUAUCGCAAAGGAAGAAGGCGAGGACAACACCAGCAAAGCGUCGGAUGAAUGCGAACAGCUUUCUAAAGCUCUCGGUGGCGUGACUAUUCUUCAGAAAGGUCCUCGAGACGUGAUCUCUAAUGGAGUCACCAGCAUCAUCAAUGAUAUACAGGGAGGUCUAAAGCGCAGCGGUGGCCAGGGAGAUACCUUGACUGGAUCUGUGGGGACGAUGCUUGCUUGGCGAGCAGCUUACCAUGAUAAGCUGUGGGACUCCGGGGAGACAGAGAAUGAUAAAGAGGCACAGAACAAGAACGAGGUGCAAGCCGAGCUUGAGUCUAACAGACGCAUGUCCCGCACAACUACUCUCCUGCUAGCUGCAUGGGUGGGCAGUAGUAUUACCAGGGAAUCCUCGCGGCGGGCAUUUGAAGCCAAGGGUCGGAGUAUGCAAGCUAGUGACUUGACAGAUGAGGUACAUGGAAGCUUUUUGCGGCUGAUUGGUGAGCCUGAAGGUUCCAAGACGCACCUUUAG